CGGUGGAGUGGGAGGAGGAGGAGGGAAGGGGGCUUUGCUCUUCCUCCCCGGCGGGAGCUGGGGCUCGCAGCGGGCAGGUGGGCAGCGGUGGAUGAAGGUAACGUCCUCGGCUGCUUUCCGCUCCCACCGCAGCUUUCAACAGUCGGCGGCGUCCGCCGGCACCAUGGAGCUUUUUGGGAGCUUCGUCCGGCCCCGCGGAGAGACUUUGGGGUUCUCAGCUCGUCCUGGCAGCACUGGCACAGUGAAGACCUUGGGCAACACCUAUCAGUUCACGGUGGAUGUCAGCGACUUUGCCCCCGAGGACAUCAUCGUCACCACCUCCAACAACCAGAUCGAGGUGCACGCUGAGAAGCUGGCCACGGAUGGCACCGUGAUGAACACCUUCACCCACAAAUGCCAGCUGCCUGACGACGUGGACCCCACAUCGGUGUCAUCCUCGCUGGGGGACGAUGGCACAUUGACCAUCCGGGCUCAGCGACAGCCUGCCAAGCACACCGAGCACGUCCAGCAAACCUUCCGGACUGAAAUCAAGAUCUGAGGGCUCGGCGGGGGUGGGGAAGCCCUUUUCCUCCCUUUUCCCUCCUUAAUUAUUUGGGGUGAUUUGGGAAGAAAACGGGAUAUAGGGUAGGGAACGCUCCUCCACCGGGUCAGCCCCAUGCUGAAGGGCUGGCAUGGAGAGGUGCAUCCUGGAGAAACUCCAGAGGGGGAGUCCUGGCUCCUGGCUCCGGUGGUGAGGAUUGAUGGGGAGGAUCCAGCGUUCCAAGAGCGCCGCCAGGAGCGCGGGAUCCCUUCCCGAGCCUCUGCCGGAGCCUGUCUCUGUAUAUACAGCUGGUGAUAAAUUAUUGAC